UACGUGUGUAAUAGCGAUUGGGGAGUUUUCAACAUUUAUAGGGUUUUUCUAGAGACGGAGCUUGGACUAUACAGUAUCUUUACAAGUUGCGCAAAUCUGAUUCGCCAAAAAAACAAACCCUAGUCCGCCGCUUGUCUCGCUCGAUCAAUUCUCUGGAGUAAUGUCAUCCCAAUCCGCAGAGCCUUCGGGCAAAAAGAAGAAGCGUAAGGCAAGGACUAAACAUGAAGAUGAAGAUGAAGAUGAUGAGAAGAAGCGGAAGUUGAAUCCAAGUUAUUCUCCUACUAUGUGGAAAUCAAGCAGUUCUGAGUCGGAGUAUGAGGGCCUCUAUCUUGAAAACCAACUCGGUGUUUCAAAACUACCUGGAAAUGCUACCGAGGAAGAUGUGUUAGAGUUCUUCAAUAGAACACCUGUCAAAGUAAAAUUAAUUGAUGUGUUCAACAAGAAAAAUGUGAUUGUUGACCAUCAAGCUGAUGUCUUUUUUGCUUCUCGUUCUGCAACAAAAGAGGGUCUGAAAUUAAAUGGUAGAAUGAUGGGGAAACAAGUACUUUACGUUGCACGGCGUGGGAACAGUCGAGAGAUCAUAUGUGUUAGUGGUUUCAACAACGAAGUCAACAUAGAUGUUAUCAAAGGGGAGAUUCGUCGGAAAUUCCGUCGACGUGGAAAAAUACUAAAUAUAUUUCUUCCAGUCGAAGAUAGCACUGGUUUAAGUCUUGGGUUUGGGUAUAUAUUCAUUGAUCUCAAAGAGAAGAAGUACAAGGAUUUGAUUGGUCACACCGAAAUUACUGGACGAAAAGUUGAAAUCAGAAGUGCUACACCUAAACUGUGCUACCGAGCUGAAAUUGAAGGUAAGCAGCAACCAGUCCUGGAAAAGGGAAGUGACGAAGAAAAAAAGAUUGCUCUGAAAAAGACGCUAUUACCUAUACCGCCGAAUUUACACAACUCGUGGGGGCCCCAAAAGAGAUUCUCGUGGAGAAAGGAUAAACCGGACUUAAUUCCUGAGACUCCUGCACAAGUUGCAUCUGAGUGCUGGGCUAUUGGCCUUCACAGAGGUCAUUCAGCAUCUUGUAAACAAGCAGGGAUAAAUGGACCAGUUCCUACAAUCCCAGAGAUUCUUGAGGGGGUUGAUGCUGCUCAUCAAGUAUCAGGGGAAGGGAUCCGCAGUUCUAAGCUUGCAUCUACGUUCAUGGAGCAGUAUUGCAAGAAGAUGGUUGUUCACAGGCGUCCUAGGGGUGGUGAUGUGACGCUGUUUGAAGAUUUUGAGAGAUUUCUCAUUGACAUUGCGUCAAAAAUACCUGUCAUGGUGACCGUUGAGUGUGUUCCUGGUUUUCAGUCAUUUGAUGGACGGGGAAUAUAUCGACCAAAUGACAUAGAUUGUUAUUUGAGGACUUUCGAAAAGUUUCCUGUGCAUUGUCUCUUCUUGACUGGAAGCGAUAUUGAUGAGAAUGGGAUAGAGUAUUUUCAACUCCAAGAGACUUGGGGAAAGAAGUAUGGAGAUGAUGAGGGUUUCAUUAAGAUGGAAAGACACAAGUGCCUGAUUAAAUCAGUGGUUGUUUUCGAGCAUUGAAGUGGAGGAGAGAGAUCCUGGGCAAAGGGCGUUAUUGUUCACUUCUUUUUCUAAGAUGUUUAUAUUUCUUGCAAAUUAUCCAAACUUUGUUUUUGUGUUACAGAAAAAAUCCAAACUUUGUUUUGUGACCAACUUUUGCUUUUUGUACCGUCAAAACAUUGAGAUAAUUGAAUCAUCACUAUCAGAAUUAGUAUCA